AGCGAUUACCACGAGAACAAGGAGCAAACAACCGACUUGAAGCCAACCAUCUUGUACUCGUAUGGAUACCUUAGGCGCAACUCAACACCUUCAAACUCCUUGGUUACCUUGGAGUCCUCAUCUAUAAAUCCUCAGACCGAAUGAACAUGCAGGCCGUGGGCGUAUUUUACGACACCUUUCUGAUACUAGACCCGUAGGCAUGUCGCGCAAGGUUCCUCAAUGUUGGCAAGACGAAGUCUGGUUGGCGGUCCUGGACAUGAAGAGGAACGCUAUCGAGUACGCACGCAAGGCUCGUCAAGUAGCCGAUGCUGCUCCCGACUUCUUACGCCUACACGCUCAUCUCUUCUACAAAACUCCUGUGGAACGUGGAGACGAGCUCUAUGAAAAGCUGCCUGAACCGGAAUGGCUUGUAGUCGAUGUGGACGGGACAACCGUCUAUGCUCUCAGAAGAUCACCCCCUCCACCUGGGACCCUCCGCGUGAGGUGGUAUCCCUCUGUUGAUCGGCUCAACAUGGAAGUGUACCUCGUUGACGACUUUCCACUUGGCGCGGACGGAGAAUUCGAUCUGAAACAAGUCAGAGAACGAUGGAACCUCGAGAAUUGCAUUCCCAUCGACUGCCUGCGAGGUAUAUUAGUUCAUCCCAGAGACCCUGAUAGAUUAAGCCCUCUGGCACUCCAGCUUCUUGUUGACGGCAGACGUUGCCUACGGAUUGUCGAGCAACCCUCUAAGGAAAUCGAGAUGGUACGCGAAGCUCGCACCAAGAUCCGCAAGGAAAUCAAGUAUCGUAUCUGGUUAGUUCGCGAGAAAUGCCGUAAAUCGAGGCUCGCCAUAGAGGAAGCCUAUGACUGGUGGCGACAACACCCUCUUCCACGCACCUCUGACAUCUUUUGGCUCUUUCUUGUGUGGAUUUUGUUCAUUGCAUCUGUGGCACAGUCAGGCUACUACAUGUGCUACGCUGCAUACUUUAUAUGCUGUGGCGCACUAUUUGGGAUUCAGCACAUUGCAGAGCCCUUGUCCCAAGCAUAUACUUCCAGUGACCGUCCAGCGGCCUUCAUCUCUCGCACAGGAGCGUAAAUCCCCGCCUUCCUUUUUACCGACCUUUUCUAUGCCCGUGCUUUAUCCUUAUGCCUUAUGCCCAUAUGAAUUUUUAUAUGCACUAUGUAAUCUAUGCCAUGCAUUAUCCUUCCUCUUGGCCUUCUCGAUUCUCGACACUGAGCGCACUGAGCGUGCCAACCUCAGACUGACUUUGGUGCUAAAUUGAGUCGCACACGUGUCUCGAUCACAUGCCCAGUUGCGCCACGUGGGAAAUUUCUGAAAUUGCAGCUUCGUCGUAAAGGCCCAAGCACACUUGUUUCUUUCUCCCUGCUCCUUCUUUCUCAUU